GUUAUGCAAGCUAUGGAAACACCACCGGAUGAGGAUGACGCUAUAUUGGAUUUCGAAAUGUUAUGCAAUUCUUAUGCAGAUUCAUUGGAUAAUGUUUAUUUCGGGAAAAUAUUAUCAAAAUUAUUUUAUCCGACCGCUAAUGUUGGUAUUACAAUUGCAACACUUGUGGAAAAUCUACUUCGAGCUGAAAAAAAUGAAAUAUAUAUAAAAGAACUGGGAAAG